AUGUGUGUUACUUUCUUUAGUAAUAAAGCGUGCGAAAGAAGAAGUAAACAUUAUUGGCGAUUUGACGUUUGCUGUCUCUUCCUUUCUUCCGGUUGCCAACACAAGGCAAGAUGCGUUCCGUUACCCUGAAGGAUGUUGAACAAGACAAGGUCGUAAAGACCGUCGCUGCCCACUUGAAGAAAGUGGGCAAAGUUAAGGUCCCUGAACACAUGGACCUGGUCAAAACUGCCCGCUUCAAGGAGCUGGCUCCCUACGACCCCGACUGGUUUUAUGUCCGCUGUGCCGCUGUACUCCGUCACAUCUACAUCCGCUCACCAGUCGGUGUCAAGACAGUGACAAAGAUAUUUGGUGGCCGCAAACGCAAUGGAGUCACACCCUCACACUUCUGCAGAUCAUCAGGCAGCAUCGCCCGCAAGGCUUUACAAGCUUUGGAGGCUUUGAACCUUGUUGAGAGGGUGCCCGAUGGUGGCCGCAUCCUCACCACAAGGGGCAGGCGUGAUCUUGACAGAAUCGCUGCCCAGGUCCGUCUAAAGGCUAAGCAAGCAGCGAAACAGAGUGUCAUUGUUCUGAGUUGCUUCAGGCCGGUUAUUUAUAGCUUCGAUAAUUGCAGUGAUGUCAAAAUGCUAGCGGCAUUAAUGCCCAAGUGCGUUCUUAUAUUGACAAUAACUUUCGUGUCUUGUUGUUUGUGUGAAAAUUAUGGAUUAUAUGAAAAAUCCCUGUACGUGGCCGAUGAGCAGAGCCAUGCUCGAAAACUGCAUAUAAUUAAUAGGCAUACGGACAGGAAUGAAGACCUUGGCUUGGCUAGAAAGAAACGCGAUGCCACGGCGGUGCCACCAGCACCGUUAGGAAAGAACAUUUCUACGUGGACUACCCACCUAAAUGACAGUCAUCAACAGUUGAUGGUGCACUGGGUUGGGGAGGGAUCCAAUGUGAUCAUCUGCCUGGCAAGAGAUUCCAGUCCGAGAAAUAAAGGAGCACUUACACCAUCUGCUCUCUACAUCUCAUAUGACUAUGGCAAGAAUUUCACCAACAAGACGGAGAGUUUCCGACUUGGUGAUGAACCAAACAGUGGCUAUGCACAGCUGGACAAGUUCUUCAACCAUCCAAAGUAUCCAGAGUUUUGUGUCUUCAUCGACUCGACCAACAAGAAACUCUACUAUACUCGUGACAACGGCAAAACGAUCUUUCGAUCCGACCUAACGUUCCAUCCCAGCGAGCUCGCUUUUGAUGAAGAUUAUCCCGACAAAUACGUUAUCCUGGACAAAGUCGACAAUGGAAGGGAUCUAUUCAUUACGUUAGACGGAGGGAAGACCUUCAAGCAGAUCGGGAGCUACAUCAAGGCUUUCUACUGGAGUUCUGGAGCUGGUUUCCCGAAGAUGUUUUACGUGGAGCGCUGGAAGCCAGGUGGCAAUAGCUCUGUGCUAGCAUUCUUUGAUCCAGUCCAUCCCACGGUGCUGGAACUGUUCAGCGACGCUAAGGAUUUCCAGAUCAAGGGAGACUACAUGUUCGCGACUAGACAGAAAGACAAAAACUCCCUAGAUCUCUACAUCUCGUACCAAAGAGGUCCGUUCUACAAGGCGGAGUUUCAAACAGAGUUGGACUUAGUCAAAUUCCACAUCGCAGAUGUGACCGACAAACGUCUGUUCGUCUCUGUCAUGCACUCAGAAAACCUAGUUAAUCUGUACGUGUCGGAGAUAAACAAGAACUACACUCAGUACAAUUUCGUGCUGAGUUUGGAACAAGUGCUGUCUUACUUCCCCGAAGGCAACUGGAAGGAUAGUUGGCUUGAGGACGUAACCGAAGAUCCCUUCACUGAUCUCUACCGCGUCGAAGGUCUGAAGGGCAUCUACAUCGCGUCCAAAGUGAACUACAAGUCGCAGAUACCGAAUAUCGAGCCUGACCACCUGGUGUCCCUGAUCACGUUCGAUCAUGGUGUCACAUGGGCGCCGAUCACGCCGCCCACGGAGGACGAGAAUGGAAAACCGCUCAACUGCCACAUCGAGAACUCUUGCAGUUUGCACUUAUGUCAGAAGUUCAGUCAAUUAUACCCGGCCACAAGACCAACCGGCCCGUAUAUGAGGUCCGCAAGCAUCAUGAGUUCGAAGUCUGCGCCUGGUAUUAUAAUGGCCACGGGGGUUGUCGGUAAAUCCCUCAAGGGAAUCCCCGGGGUGUACCUCAGUAGGGACGCAGGGCUCACAUGGAAAAGGAUACUCAAAGACUACUACUUCUUCAACUAUGGUGACCAUGGCGGUGUAUUGAUCGCUGUGAAGUAUUUCAAGACGAGGGGUGAAACGAGCAGGAUACUGUAUUCGACGAACGAGGGACUGGAUUGGAAGUCUUAUCGAUUCAACGCCGAUGACCUUCGAAUCUACGGUUUAAUGACUGAGCCAGGAGAGAAUACAACCACGUUUACAAUGUUCGGCUCAGCCAACGAGCAACAUCAAUGGAUCAUCAUCACCAUAGACCUCUUCAACACUUUCCCCAGAAACUGUACAGCCAACGACUACAAAUUCUGGUCUCCCACUCCGAACAAUUCCUCCGUAUCUUGCGUUCUCGGUAUGAAAGACACCUUCCAAAGACGGUUAGCGCAUACUAACUGCUACAACGGUGUAGGCUACGAUAGACCCAUUGAAAAGAAACCCUGUGUCUGCAGUAGGAGGGACUACGAAUGCGAUUUCGGUUUCGUUCUAUCCAAUAACAUUUGCGUCAGAAACCAGUCAAUGAAAUUCGACCCGUAUGCGGUCCCGAAUCAUUGCAAACCCGGAGACUUUUACAAGCGGACGAAGGGUUACAGAAAGAUCGAUGGGGACGUUUGCACCCCAGCCCAUUAUAUGCCGUACGAACCUGACAUCAUUCCUUGUCCCAUCGACGCGCCUGCUGAGUUCAUUCUGGUGGCUUUACGGGACAAAAUUGCCCGAAUCGAUCUUUUCGACAAUUCCACCAUUAUACCCGUUAAAGGACAACAGAAUAUAGUAGCUAUUGAGUACGAUAUGAAAAACGAUUGCAUCUACUGGGCUGAUAUUGAGUUGGAUCGGAUCAGCCGACAAUGCUACAAGCACGGUUCUCUACCAGAAAUCGUGGUAGAUACAGAGCUAGCGAGUAUAGAAGGAAUGGCCUUGGAUUGGAUCUCAAAUGUUUUGUUCUUCGUUGACGGUAUGAGGAAGACUAUUGAAGCUGUCCGAACAGAUCUGACCAGCAGUGGACGAAUGAGGGUGACGAUUUUGGACUCAAAAGUAUUGUCCAAGCCGCGUGGAAUUGCCGUGCAUCCCAGAGCUGGGUUCCUCUACUGGACCGACUGGGACAGGAACCAUCCAUCCGUUUCUAGAUCCAACCUGGACGGUACCAACGUUAAGAAACUGUUCACUCAACCCAUCGUUAAAUGGCCUAACGGCAUUACCGUAGAUCAAAUGGCUGAACGUAUCUAUUGGGUCGACGCUAUGGAGGACUAUAUUGCGAGCGCGGAUUUAAACGGCCAAUACUUCAGGAAAAUCCUGUCCAACGAUGAGAAAGUGUCUCAUCCAUUUGCAGUAGCAGUGCUGAAGGGUAAAAUGUACUGGGAUGAUUGGAAGGCGAAAUCUAUCUUCAUAGCCGAUAAGGACACUGGAGCCAACGUGAUCACGAUAAACAACUCGUUUUCUGGUCUUAUGGAUUUGAAGGUGUUUGCUCAUUCGGUCCAGUAUGGAUCGAACGCGUGCUCAUACAAUAACACAGGCUGCGAAACUCUCUGUUUGGGCGGCCCGGGCAAUACUUUCAGUUGCCUCUGUCCGGAUGGCUUCAAGAACGUCAAUGGCAAAUGUAUGUGUCCCAACGGCAUGGAGCCGUCAGCUAAUAUGACGUGUCCACAGAAGGAUGGCACCUGUGAUACGAACGAGUUCAAAUGCAAGAACGGUCUUUGCAUCGCGUCGACGUGGCGAUGCGACUCCAACGACGACUGCGGCGACUUGUCGGACGAGGAGGGAUGUGCUUGCCCGCCGCUGUGGCUACACUGCGGCAACGGACACUGUUAUAAAGCCCACUGGCGUUGCGACGGCGAGGCGGAUUGUCCCGACAUGAGUGACGAGAAAGAUUGCGACCGUCCGAACUGCACGAGCGACACGCAGUUCCAGUGCCGCAGCGGCAGUUGCAUACAGAAGGCGUGGGUUUGUGACGGCGACACCGACUGUCCGGAUGGCGACGACGAACAUAACUGCACGACAAGCAACCGACGUCACGACACCUCCCUAUGUAUCGGCAACGUAUUCUCUUGUGGCAACACCAGCGACGCCCUUUGCAUACCCAACUCGUGGUUAUGUGACGGAGAGAGAGACUGUCCCGGCGGUGAGGAUGAAAGGGACGACAAAUGCAAGAACUCCACCUGCGCCCCGUACCUGUUCAAGUGUCCGAGCGGCAAGUGUAUUUAUAAGGCUUGGGCAUGCGAUGGCGAGAACGACUGUGGAGACGAUGAGGCAUCAGACGAGAAGAACUGUCCGAGCUCCGGGCCGUCGAAACUCUUACCCCGGCCCACCACAACACGACCAGAAUUCCCCCACAAUGGCACUUGCCUCGACUGGAUGUUCAAGUGUGGCAAUGGCAACUGCCUGCCGUACUGGUGGCACUGCGACGGCAUAAGAGAUUGUGAUGAUGGAACUGAUGAGGUCGGAUGUAACCUCCCUAAAGCGCCGGAGACGUCGACCCCCGCUGAACACGAUAACAGACAGAAGUGCGGCAAGAACCAUUUCACUUGUACCGAUGGCAAGUGCAUAUCUCUAUCCUGGGUGUGCGACGGCGCAAAGGACUGUUCGGACGGUUUGGACGAGCGAGGGUGCGACCACCCCAUAACUCCGCCCCCUAGACAGCUACGGUGCGGGCCCGACAGCACUGCGUGCGCGGACGCAUCGGGCUGCGUGCACGACCAUCAGCUAUGUGAUGGCGUACCGGACUGUUAUGACAGCAGUGAUGAGACGUUCUGUCAUCGGAACCAUAAACCCAGCAUCAAGUGCCCUGAAAACCACUUCCUAUGCGACGACGGUACUCGCUGCAUCUACCAAGCAAUGGUGUGUAACGGCCGACAGGAUUGCUACGAUGGCACAGAUGAAGACAACUGUACGAGUGCGCAUACUAACUUCGGAUAUGAGUUCAGACCCUCUUUACAGUCUCUCCGCAUCGCUGUCGAGCCGCUAUCCAUCAAUGCAUCGAGCUUCCUCAUAUCGUGUUGGAUGGCCCAGCGCAAGACCGUGCUGUAUAGUCUACUUCCGUCUAUAGCCAAAGUCAGCGACGGCGUGUGGAAGAAUAUGACGUGGAUCAACUCGACUGUUUAUAGGUUUUCCGAUUUGGAGGCGUACACGAACUACAACGUGACGGUCUAUGUCAGGAACAGUCAGUCCAACCUCACGUACGCCACCAUGAAAUACAUCAACGUCACCACCGGUGCAGGAAAGCCGUCCCCACCUCGGCGUCUCGCCGUGCGUCAAAUGGUCGGCAGUCGAGUGAACUUAGAAUGGGACGCGCCCGAGUUCCCUCGCGGCCAACUUCAUCAUUACUCCGUAUACUACGUCCCUCCCCUGCCGCCUUCAGAGAAGAUAGUGAGAGCGAACGGCACGGGACCCGUGUCUAUCAUGCUAGACGCCUACUUUAGACCGAACAAGAAUUAUUCGUUCUGGGUGACAGCCUCAAACGAAGAGUACACAUCGAUAUCGACGGAGAUAGCCUACCUAAUGUUCGACGAGGUCGGCGACGUAGACGAGAUAGUCAACGCGAGUCUGUCGCGCGACAACAACACGGCAGUUACGCUGUCGUGGCACAAACUGCGGGGAGUCACCGGGUAUGAAGUGCGCGCGCGUUUACCGCAGAAUUACUGUCCGAUGCCUGUCGUAAGAACGCCGGAGAAUCACGCUACAAUUGCGAACCUACCGCCCGGCGUCAAGGUAUACUUCGAAAUUAGAGCUUACAAGGACGAUAUCUACGGCAAAUCCUUCAACAUUCCUUUCACAACCGAUGGGCGGCCAGAGGAAGUUCUCAACCUGACUGCUGCGCUGAUUAAGAGCAAACAAGCCGUCGAGUUGUCCUGGCCUAGACCUAAAUCUGACAGAUAUAAGAAUAAGGAGCUAGAAUAUGAGGUCCAUUACACCAAUACUAUACAAUGGUCCAACUUUAGAGAGCAUAAUAUGGUUAAUGACACGAAGAUAAUAACGAAGAACACGAGCCUCGUUAUAGAGAAUCUGACGGGUUGUCAGUGGUACAUCUUUACUGUGGGACUGGUUGGUGGCCCGCAUAGCCCGUUCAAACAGAUCCUCACUAGAGAGAAUGCUACGGCUCCUGUGAAGGGCCUGCACUGCGUGUUCGACGAGAAGAACGCCGAGCUGCGUAUAAACUGGCUCGCCAACUGUGACGUCAUACGAGACCCUGUAACUUAUAUGGUAGAGGUGACGGAGCUGACGAAGGACGAAGUGAGUCGCUACGAGCUAAAAGCGACCACCAACGUCACGCUGAUGCAUGUCUUCGAGAAAGUUCCGGUUGGCGGUCGAUACAACAUCUGUGUUUAUACGUCAGCCCCCGGCGCCGCUCGCACGUGUCAGCUGGUGCGGUCCGGCGCGGUGGAGGUGCCGCGCGGCGUGAUGGCCUGGCAGGCGCCCGACGGCCGGCUGCUCGUGUCCUGGCUGCACGAGGACGACAACAACUCGCAGUCCAAAUACAAAUACCAAAUCCUGAUAUCGGACAAGGAGAUGCCUGAAGAACUCCUCCAGCCCACGGAAGAUAUGGAGGUGGUGGAGGCGGAGUUCUCGCCGCUGGCCGUGGCGGCGACGCGCACGGGGCGGGCGUACGUCGGCGUGCGCGCACGCAACACGCGCGGCUACUACAGCGACCUCAGCGAGGUGCAUGCGCUGACUGUGCAAGAGGGUCUCGUGAUGUCCUCCGGCGGUGGUAGCACGUGGUGGUGGUGGGCGGGCGGGGCGGGGUUGGUGGUAGCGGGAGUGCUAGUGCACCUCGCACUGCGCCAGCGUCGACUCGCGCGCCGCCUGCUCACGCCGCGGUACGACAGCCGCCGUGGACAGGCUACUAUUCACGACGACGACGACGUGCCUCCAAUCCACGGGUUCUCUGACGACGAGCCGCUGGUUAUCGCGUAGACCUGCAAGCGUGAUAAGUAUUGUAAAGUUAAUACCGCGGGCUGAGAGUGGUGGAGCGACAAGCUGAGCGGAUAGCGAGUAAAGUUUUAUUUUACCCCCGUACUAAUAGAGAUUUAUGUAGAGUACACAAGGUCUGCGUGUCCUUGCCUGGCAUAUAAUUAUUAACUAAGUUAACUGUCAUGACAAAGUAAGUGGACCUUGAAUACAAUGUGUAAAUGUUUGAAUAGUAUGGAGUAUUUUUAUGUCACUAGUAAGUAGUGUAAGUAUUAUGAUUUAAACGUUCUUAUGCUACUCUUAUGAUUUUUUUAAUCGAAUUAAAGUAGGAAAUACUCCCGAAUUAGUUUUCAUAGACAGUUUUUGUGUUAUUUUUUUCUUAUUUUUAUCGCUUAGCUAACGCUCCGCCAAUCUCAACUCAUUUUCAAUGGCUGAAAAACA